AUGUUCGGCCCAUUCCGCGCUACGAACCCGCUCUCGGGUGGUCUUUUGUGGAAGAUCCCCUGGAGGCUGUCGAAAUUCCAGAAGAGACGACACAGGCUGCGACUGCGGGCGGUGGAUAGCGUUGUAGCGACGCUGGACGCUGCGCUGGCGAAGAGGGGACAGACUUUGGAGGCCAUUGAGCGGUGGAAGGCUGAGAUGCCGACCGAGGAGGAGAUGCUGCCGAAGGAUAAAUAUACCAUGUUUGAUCGGAAGGAGAAGAAGUACCGAAAGGGCAUUCACAAACUGCCAAAGUGGACGAGAGUCUCACAGAGAAUCAACCCUCCUGGAUACUAA